GGGUGUGGUCUAUCAUCAGUAAUAAUUUUUGACAUUUGCCAAGCUGUCUACUAUUUCAAGAGACAUGGCCUCUCUUCUUUUAAGAUCUGCUGCUACCCUGAUUCGACCAUGUUUACAGCGCUCUAAUACCCCAGUCUCAUCCGUACUACUCUCCAGACUGUACUCUGACAAGAAGCCACCGGAAACGGACUCGUUUGUCAUGAAUACUUUUUUGGGUCGAAUGAACACAACAGAAGUAUUCCCGUAUCCUGAUGUCAUGAGCACAGAGGAAAGAGAGAAUAUUGCAAUGUUUGUAGACCCAGUCAAUAAAUUCUUUGAGGAAGUCAAUGAUGCUGCUCGAAAUGAUAAAGAAGAGACAGUCCCUCCUGAGAUAAUGGCCCAGUUGAAAGACAUGGGAGCAUUUGGCUUACAAGUUCCGACCAAUUUAAAAGGACUGGGUCUCACAAACACCCAGUACGCCAGACUUACGGAAAUCAUUGGCGGAUAUGACCUGGGGGUUGGUAUCAUGCUCGGUGCCCAUCAGUCCAUUGGAUUCAAAGGAAUUCUACUAUUCGGUAAUGAGCAACAGAAGGAAAAGUAUCUGCCAAUGGUUGCAUCUGGUGAGAAAAUUGCAGCAUACUGUUUAACAGAGCCAACGAGUGGAUCUGAUGCUAAUUCCAUAAGAUCAAGAGCUGUCAAGAGUGACGAUGGAAAGCAUUAUGUAUUAAAUGGCGGGAAAAUAUGGAUCAGUAAUGGUGGCAUUGCUGAUAUAUUCACAGUUUUUGCUCAGACUCCAGUCCUCAAUCCUGCCACUGGGGAGACUAAAGAUAAAGUCUCUGCAUUCAUCGUGGAGAGGUCCUUCCCGGGUGUAACAAGUGGUCCUCCGGAGAAGAAGAUGGGCAUCAAAGCAUCAAACACGGCAGAGGUUCACUUUGAUAACGUUCAUGUACCAGUGGAGAAUCUGUUAGGAGGUGAAGGGGAAGGGUUUAAGGUGGCUAUGAAUAUACUUAAUAACGGUCGGUUUGGUAUGGCUUCUGCUUUGUCUGGGACCAUGAGGAAGUUGAUAUCACGAGCUGUUGAUCAAGUAUCUAAUCGUGUACAAUUUGGAAAUAAAUUGGAAGUAUACGGAGUCGUGAGAGAGAAACUAGCCAGGAUGACACUUGCUCACUUUGUAACUGAAUCCAUGGCCUACCUGCUCAGUGGUAAUAUGGACAGCGGGUCUGUUGAAUUUCAAUUGGAGGCUGCUAUUAGCAAGAUCUAUGGAUCAGAAGCUGCUUGGAUGGUGGCUGAUGAAUGCAUCCAACUCCACGGAGGAAUGGGAUUCAUGACCGAAUGUGGUUUAGAGCGAGUGAUGAGAGACCUUAGGAUAUUUCGUAUAUUCGAGGGAAGCAAUGACAUUCUACGCCUUUUCAUUUCACUAACUGGAUUACAAUUUGCUGGAAAGCAUUUAAGAGCAGUCCAGAGUUCAAUAAAGAGUGGAGAUGUGAACACUCUCUUCUCCGAAGGAUUCAAAAGGACUAAAAGAGUAAUGGGAAUGUCUACAGUUGAUUCAAUCAAUGAUCAAGUUCACCACAAAUUAGCUACAUCGGCUAACCAAAUGGCUCAGUGUGUCGGUGAAUUUGGAGGAGCUUGUGAUCAUUUGUUAAUGAAAUAUCGCAAAAACAUUAUCCAUGAGCAAUUUCUCCUUCAGAGAUUAGCAAAUGCUUCAAUUGACUUAUAUGGAAUGGCAGCCGUGCUGUCAAGGACUAGCAAGUCACUCUCUGAUGGCUCUCCUUCGGCCAAUCAUGAGCUGCUAUUAGCGACAACGUUUUGCCAACAAGCCAACUCUAGAAUUAAAACAAACUUGGCAUCUCUCUCUGCUAGGUUUGAUAUCGAGCUCGACUCUUCGAUGGCAGAUAUUGCUAAAGCGACCACAGAGAACGGAGGAGUGGUAUCAGUUCAUCCAUUACGCAUCUGACUCAGUAUAUGCAGUAAUAAUGAAUAAUCGUCAUUGUGUAACUAUAAUUAUUGUUGAAUAAAAGUUUCUUGAAUUAC